CACAAAUGAAGGCCUCAAAUCCCGAACAAAGCAAGUACAAAUCCUCUAACACUACAGGCCCUUCUGAACCUUCCGAGCCCAAAAAGAAAACCUUAAAGAAUUACACUAAAGAAUUCGAACAGAAAGCAGCCAGAAACAGCGAAGAACUAAUGAGAACUCAUGAAUUCAGGAAGGAAAAUAUCAAAGAAAUGGAGCUCGAAGAGAAAGAUUACUUUGAAUAUGACCCUAAUGAGCCGGAGAGAUAUGCCUCCCUUGAUCCAGACUAUAUGUUCAAGUUUGAAACAACCUUUUCGUCCAUAAAAUGGGGCAUCUUUGUGGGCUCCCUCUUUGCCCUCCACAGAUAUCACAGGACAAGAGAUGUGAACAAUGCUGCCCAUUGGUUCACAGUCAUGUCAUUCUUCUCCUUCUUCAAUAUCUGGGUAAGCAACUCCAUCCAGCACUUUAUUUCUGACUAUUCAGUCAGAAAGUCAGUGAGUCUCGGUCAGAGAAAUGAGUUCCAAAAGGAUGCUUAUGAGAAUUAUUUCGAAACAGUAGAGAAAAGAGUCAAAGUAAUCGACAAAGAGCUCAAAGUUCAGCCAAUAAUGAAGAACUCGCAGGCUGAAAGCCUGAACGAGUUCAUCACUAGUUAUCAAGACUACCUCAAAGCCAAGUUCGAGUCUGGAAAAGCUGUUGAUAUAUUCGGAAAUAUCUUGAGGUAUAACAAAUUAGGUGAACAAAUCGUCAAAGAGGAUGUUUACAAUCAGAAGCUCUCUCUGGCUGAAGCCAGAGAGAAAGCUCUGAAAGUAAUCAAAAACAUUGAGGAGGUUGACCUGAAAAGUUAUGACUUUGAAAAUGAUCCCGAUUGAGUAUACAUUUAAA